CUAGACGCCGAUUGGCUCCGUCCUUCGCGGGAAGAAGCUUGUGGCGCCAGUGCAAAGUAGCUACAGAGUGGCCACGACACUUCGGAGGACGUCGCGGAGCGCGCGGACGGAGCGGCCACGAUGUGGAAUAGUGGAUUCGAAAGCUACGGCGGUGCGAGCUAUGGCGGCGCGGGCUACGGCGGAGCGAGCGGCUAUACCCAGUCCCCUGGGGGCUUCGGGUCGCCGACCCCGUCGCAGGCAGAGAAGAGAUCUAGAGCCCGAGCCCAGCACAUAGUGCCCUGUACCAUAUCUCAGCUGCUUUCUGCUACUCUGACUGAUGAAGUUUUCAAAAUUGGGAAUGUUGAGAUUUCACAGGUCAUUAUUGUGGGAAUAAUCAGACAUGCAGAGAAGGCACCAACCAACAUUGUCUACAAAAUAGAUGAUAUGACAGCUGUACCCAUGGAUGUUCGCCAGUGGGUUGACACAGAUGAUGCCAGUGGUGAGAACACUGUGGUUCCUCCAGAAACAUAUGUGAAAGUGGCUGGCCACCUCAGGUCUUUUCAGAACAAAAAGAGCCUGGUAGCCUUCAAGAUUAUUCCUCUGGAAGAUAUGAAUGAGUUUACUACACAUAUUCUUGAAGUGGUCAACGCACACAUGAUGCUGAGCAAAUCCAACAACCCGCCACCAACAGGGAGAACAUCUCUCAGCAACCCAGGAAUAAGUGAUUCAGGAAACUUCAGUGGGAAUAGCUUCAUGCCAGCAAAUGGCCUCACUGUGACCCAAAACCAGGUGCUGAAUUUGAUUAAGGCUUGCCCAAGACCUGAAGGAUUGAACUUUCAGGAUCUGAGGAAACAGCUCCAGCACAUGCCUGUAGCCUCAAUCAAGCAAGCAGUGGAUUUCCUGAGCAACGAGGGGCACAUUUACUCUACUGUGGAUGAUGAUCACUUUAAAUCCACAGAUGCGGAGUGACUGAGUCUCAUUGGUACGGAGGUAUUUCCAGCUGGACCUGUUUUCAGAGUCUGUUGUCUGCAGCUGUGCAUUUGGCUUGUGGCUUUAGAAAGGUUCCCUCUGUAGACGGUCCCAGUGGAAACUCACUGCGCUCCUGCUUUGCCACUUAGUUCAAAAGGAGAGAAAACUGACAAGGAGGUAAAUCAGGGUAGGAUUUCUUAACAGAAACUCCAAGUAAGACAGUUCGGACCCCAGGAUGGAGGGGGUGAAGAAGCACUUCCAGAGCACAGCAGAACUGUUUCCUGUUGGUCAUAAGCAGUAUUGGGCCUGUGGGCAGACAGCCAGGGAGCCACCUCCUUCUGCCUAGUUUCUGUUUGUUUCCCAGCUGGCCUGGAACUCACUGUGUGGACCAGGUUGGUCUCCAGUGCUGGGAUUAAAGGUGUGCAUCCCCACAAUCAGCCUGUGGCAAUAUUUUCAGAAUUGCACUUUCUUUCCUUCCCCUUCCUGUGGCUGGAAGUGGGCUUAUGUGAACAUGUUCUGGAGUGCAGUUUCACAGGGCAGAGAAGAAACUUACUGCAUUUCACAUAAAAUAAGUGUGUUCGUGUUUAAUAAAACCAUUGCAGUAGC